UUACUUUUGAUUUUGAGAUAUUCGAUAGGCGGUCACGAAACGCGGUCGUUUCAAACUUUUCCUUAGUCUUCACUCUUGGGCCGAGCUAAUGUCACCAACCAAUUAUCUCGCUGUCGCCCGCCGUACACCGACACCGAACGACAGAAUAAUGCAGAGUAUAAGCGGCGCAGUUCGUGUUUUCCGUACAACCCCAUUGGUGGGAUCGCUUUGGGGUCGCGGUUCCUGCUCCAAUUUAUUUGUUGGAGGCCUUUCAUAUGAUACCAAUGAAACUGUUUUGAAGAAUGCUUUUGAAAAACAUGGUGAAAUCAUUGAAGUUAGGGUUAUUUGUCAUCAUGUGAAUGGGAAAUCAAGGGGGUAUGGAUUUGUGCGGUUCGCUUCUGAAGCUGCAGCCGACGCUGCUCUUAAAGAAAUGCAUUCCCAGGUACUGGAUGGUAGAAAUAGUAGAGUUGAAUAUGCACACGAGGGAUGAUCAUUGGUGUUUCUCACCACAGCUUUGAUUUCUUCCAUGAUGGUAGAUUUUUUAAUUUCAAUAAUCAAUGUAAGAAAUUUGAUAUUAUCAUUUUCUUUUAUAUGUUUGAUACUUUGAUCAGUGAAUAACUUAGGUGUAUAUUGCAUUUACAUACCUGAGAUCUUUGUAAUAAUUUUGAAUUGCUUAGAAAUUAAUUAAAUCUCCCGAUGUAGGUUUUGAAUCUCCAACCAAAUGUUUAAUGACCGAAGAGGCCAAUACUCCAACUGCAUCAUGAUGUUCUGAAACCUAGUUUGUGUACUGAUUUAGCGGGGUGGGCAGAAAUACAAUUGCUUAUGUCUGCUAGAGACACUAUUUAUUGUUUUUGGAAAGAAAUCUGAAAACAUAUGUGACGCUGUAUACGGGAAGUCACUUCUCUGUUUCCGUUGGGUCAUUGUGAUCAAGUUUAUUGUUAGAGCACAAGCUAAAUUUUGCAGAGCUUAUACGCUUGCCAUGUAAUGUUUUAACCAAUCCAUUAUUGGGUCCAUUGUGAAAGUGUUUUGAGCUUUAGUGUAUAAGUUGCAUUUAGGAGAGAAAUGGGGGAAUUUGGGGUCAGUUGUACAGUUUUUGUCUUCACAUCCUUGUGAUCUGUAAUGAACGGUUUUUGCUGCUCAUCAUCAUCUUAGCAACUGUCAUUACUAAUUUUAGUUUACUGGCUAGGAAGCAGAUGAGAUUUAAUUUCUGUCUAUUUUGAUUAUGUAAUGCAGGUAAUCUAGUUGUCUCAAAAGUUUGACUGCAUCUUUAAGACCAUGUUGCAUUGCAAGAGGGGGACAUUAAUGCUUCUAGCUCUUGGGAUGAUUAAUUUGAGUUUCACAGUUGAAACAUGAACAAUGGAACUUUUUUCUGAAAAGUUUAUCAGUCAUAGUUUUGGUUUGGUAGGGAUUUGAGGGCAUUGAGCUACACUUUGGUGACAGAAACUUAGUGCUACUUGUUCAAGCCCGGAUAGUGUAGUGAAGGGAAAUAUCAGGUUAAGAGCUAGUUCUUAUUUUUCCUUCUUUUAGCUAAUAUCUGAGCAUUGGCUUUCUGAGUUUCAGGAUUUUACCAGAAAGAAACACCGUGUUGACAAAUAUAUAAAUAGCUUGUAACCUAUGUGUAAUGUGUUUAGGCUAAAUGGAUGUUCCUCGUGGUCAUAGACUUUUCCAUUCCAAUGUGAAAGGUGAAACAUUUUAAUUUUUUUUCAAC